AUGAAGGAAUUUCUACCCUUUUUACUAAUGAUGUUGUGUGUCAGCUUCUCUGCUGGACACUUCGCUCUUUGGGGUAACAAAGAGGAUAACGCAAUGGACGUCUCAGAUUUUUCUGUUUAUUACGAUUUAAAUACUAAUGAGACUAUUCGAAAAAUGUUACCAAGGCCAUGGUACAAACCUGGGUGGUUUAUACGACUGCCGUUCAGAGGGGGUCCUUGCGAGUGUAAGGAUUUAAAAUGCUCAUGUUGCACCGGAAUUAGGAUACAAGCAUUUAAUUAUGAUAGGCGAACCUGUGCAAUAAUCGAAUACCAACCAGAGGACUCUAUAUUUUCUAUGGAAGUAAGAAUGAACAACGCAAGUAUAUUUCAAAGAAUAUACUCAGCUCGCAAUGCCCCACCCUUCUGCGUACCUGUGCCAAUCCCGUACUUACCACCAACACUUGUCGAUAUGUGCAUACGUCUGUACGAUGUAUCAGUUAUUGACCAAAAGUUCCAUGUAUGUAUGGAUAUGGACACGCGAAUAGACAAGGCUCCUGUGCUGAUUCUUCACUGGGAUUGCAUGGAUGUUGGUACGGGUGGGGUAGCUUUAUCUAAGCCUGGAGGCAGUGGAUCCAUAUCAACGUCAUCGGUUGGAAUCUCUACCACUCCAGAGCCUACGCAAGUAGACAGCGAUGUCUAUGACCCUGUAGUGCAAGACCGAGAGACGACAACUAAUGACCUGUUUAAAAAUAGUAUUAAAUAUAUUUAA